AUGACCGGCUCGCGAGCCGCCGUUGAGCAGAUCUCGAGCCCGGGCAACGCGUAUUACGCCAUGCACGCGGGCGCUGUGCAAGCCCACCUUCCGCCGCGGUUCGGGAAUGCGCGGUAUCCUCAUGUUCUCCAUGUUGCGGCCUAUAAGGUCCUCCUCCCGGCCUUGCGGGGCUCGGAUCCCCAUCUGCCCCUGUCUGUGCACCUCGUCAUCUUCGUUGCUUCCGCCGUCCUUCUCCCAAUGCCUCGUCUCUUCCCCAGUCUUGGUCGCUCCUCGAAGGAGCAUGCUAGUGCGUACGCUGGGUAUGACACCUACGAUGCUCCCCAUGGCUAUUACGACGACCAUGGGUACGAUGAGCAGGCACCACCCAGCUCCGCCUGGCGCCGAGUUUUUGCUAAAAAGCCAUCGAAGAAGAAGUACAUUAGACCAGAACAGCCGGCGCGCGAUCAUCCUGCGUACUGGGACAAGCCGCUCGACCCGCGCGAAGAACCCCCGGUUGUCGUGGUCGUUGAGCAGGGUAAGAACGGGAAGAGGGACAAGUACUAUAUCAUUCCCGGAGGAGCGCCGGUCAUAUUCGAAGACGCGGCCGGUAAUGAGCUCACUCGGGUCGGAGACUUCAGCGGCCGUUACCGACCCCCGACACGUCCACGCCCUGUGAUUGUCCAAGACCAGUUCGGUCGUGAGAUAUGCCGGGCCGGUUUCAACAACGACGACCGCGUGUCAGUCGGCAGCCGUUCAGUGGACGAUUACUCCGAAAGUGGACGAUCUUACCAGCGUGGUCGUCCCGCGGAGCGUACUCCUGUAAUACCCGGAACGAGAACCGCUCAGCUCCUCAUCUCUCCCGUCAUGACGCAGCACAACAUGGGUCGCGUCGACAAGGCUCGCACCAAGAGUCGCGCCAUGGAUCGCCUCGGCAGCCCGAGUCAUCUCGGACACAAGCGACUCCUACCCCCGGCUCAUACGAUAGAGAUCCACAUUACCAACCCUCUGGCAGAAGACGCGCGUACACCACGCGCGAAGAUAUGGCAUAUGUGGACCCUAGAAGCGCAGAUCCAAGGGGACCGCGCAGCGACAGGAGCGGAGGCUCCAAACAUAGCUCGAACGACACACUAG